AUGUCCACCGAAGUGAUUCGUGAAACCAAGGUCCUCUUGACUCCUAGCAACUAUGCCCUUUGGCUAUUACCGAUGGAGGCGAAACUCUUCAGAUCAAAACUCCUCGACAUCCUCGAAGGUCAAGUAGAACCGGAAGAAAAAGAAAAAGAAAAUUGGAUGAAACUGAACAACGAUGCCUAUGCUGAAAUCAUAGCUUACAUCGGUCAAGAAGUACUCGGGUUUGUCAGUUCUGCUUUGCCUGCAACCCCUCGUUUCAACGGUCGCGGUCUCUGGAAGCUCUUGAAGUCGCAAUACGCUGGUGACGACCUCACCUCUCAAACGACCGCUCUUGAUCAAUUUCUACAUCUUAGCUUUUCCUCUAUCACCACGUUUAUCCCCGCCGUUCAAUCGGCAAACCAAAAAAUAUCGAUGUCGGGCCUUGUCCUGGAUGAUCGCGUCCGAACAAUCCUGAUGCUCAAGAAGUUGCCUUCGGACUAUCGCUCCUUUCGCGAUAUCGUGUUGAUGAACUAUGGUUCAGAAUCUUUUGAAUCUGUCAUUAAGAAACUCGAGAGCUAUGUAGCUCAGAACGAUCUGGACAAGAAACCUUCAGUAUCGGCGACACCGUUACAGUCCCUUCUCACUCGAUCAAACGAUCAAGCCUCUGCGAACACAAAUCUAUGCGAUCACUGCAAGAAACCCGGACAUCGGAUCAACAAUUGCUGGGUUAAAUACCCUGAAAAAGCCCCAAAAUCGCACUCAGCUCACAUGACGGUUCAAGAUAAUUACAACCAACUCAAUGAUCCAACAGACUUCUCUCACUUCCGGACAGCAGACGGCAUCCUUCAUCACGUUGACGAAAUGCGAUUUGAAGGAGUCAAAUACUUCUAA